CUCAGUCCGCUCAUCCCAAAACCCUAGCUUCAGUCUUGUCUCUCCCCCGUGCUGGCACUUCUUACAGGUUAUGCUUUUGCCCUCAUUUCACGCAUCAACCAGAGCAAAGCCUUCAUUUGAUUAAGCUUCAGCUCUCUCCGCUCGAGCUCAGAAGCAGAUGAAGGUGGCUCGAGCUGUGCUUCGGUCCCUCAGCUAUGGCGUUUCUCGCCAAUUACACCGUCCCCCUGUUACUAGACAUUUCUCUGUCUUUGCCGAUUCAGGUUUCUCUGUAUAAUUUGAUGUCUUGUACCGAUGUGUGUGAGUGUCUUGCCAUCCUUUGCUGUUUGGCAGGUGAUAGAGACGGUGAUAAGCCGAACUCUGAUUCAUCGGAGUCGAUUAAUGACUUUACAAGGCGUAUGUUCGGCGAUGUCACCGAAAGCGGUUCCAAAAAUGAUGCUUUCUUCCGGAAAUUUGACCAACUCCACCAGGGCAGAUCUGAUUCGAGAGUGGACAGUGAAGGGGACUCUGGAACGUGGGAUUGGGGGGACAGUUAUGACUCGUUAGACGACGGGAUGGAUGAUAAGUUGAAGCGAGAGGCGACUUACUUCGAAUACAAUUCUGAUGAAUGUGACGAGGAGGACUACUCGUUCCGACCGGAUAUGAACUUUCAGCCCGGGAUGACUUAUGAUGUGCAGGAUCUUGACCUCAGACGACCAGGAGUGUUCAAGCCAACUGAAAGACCGGAGUUUGAAGUUACGACGAGGGAAGUUCUCAGGAAAGCUGAUUUCAGGAAUGUGAGAUUCCUUGCAAAUUUCAUAACUGAGGCUGGAAUCAUUAUCAAAAGAAGCAAGACUGGCAUCAGUGCCAAGGCUCAGAGGAAGAUUGCGAGGGAGAUCAAAACAGCUCGAGCAUUCGGUCUCAUGCCCUUCACAACUAUGGGGACAAAAUCUUUUGCUUUUGGAAAGUCCAUGGAGAAUGUUGAUGCAGACUACGAGUACGAGACCUACGGUAGCCGUGACGACGCAGAGGUGGAUGGUGUUUUCGAGGCUCCGAAUAGGCGCCAAGGCGUGCUCUAAGGUUUUUCUGUGGUCUGACCCCUAUGACCUCACUCUCUCCUCACCCUCACAGUUUUGAGCGCUGAAACCGGGCAACAGAGAAUGGCGUAGAAAAAAUGGUGCACUUGGGGAAUGAAACGGCUUCACAAUUAUUGUCAACUACUAGGGAUCUUCUGUUCGUAAACAUUCCAGUGCUGAAGAUAGGAGGAUGUGAGUUUAUAGCUGCAAUAAAUUGAGGAAGUUUCAUGCUAUAUUGAAGUUGCGAAUAUAGAAAUUGUGCGUGUAAGUCAUUCACAUGGACUUAUCUUAUUUGUUCCGAGCUUAAACCUUGGAAUCUCGAACUUGGCCAGCCGAACCUGACUCGCGCUGGAUUCAUA